UGCUUGCAAUUAAAAAAAGGAUAAAUUAAAUAACUGGUUAAAAAAAAAAUGUUGCAAUUGAAAAAACCCUAUCGAUUUCUUUUCAUCGGACUGCUUAACAUUUCUCUCUCUAAACAAAAAAAACAAGCGAUAUUGUGAUACAGAGAAAGGGAAGGAUAAAAAAAAAAAAUAGGCUUGCAAUCUAGUGGAGAAUCGUGCGAUCAAACGUUUGUCCCAAAGGGCUGCUGUCAAUUUAGGGAUUUGAGGAGAUAGAGAUCGGCGCAACCCUGUGGCCAACAUAAUUGGAACUAAACACAGGCCGACAAAAGAGAGCAUCGUGUGUGCUUUCUUUAGGCUUCCGCGACAUCAGUUGGUAUCAGAGCCUUAACAUACCCUGGUCUGCUGGCUAACCGGUGAGACGGUGACCACCACAACAAUGACAGCGGUAACGACGUCAACAACCCAGUCCUCACUAGGGCUGAGUUCCUUAAUUUUCAUGAUGAGAAUCACAAAUUUUGUGAAAAGAGUCAGCAAAUUAUGGGUGAAAUCAAGCAAAAGAUUGCUACUCUUCUUGCUAGGAAAUCAUCUCACAAUGACAAUGACCAAUAUAUUCAAAGAUGCACCCCUAACUGUAAGAAAAUUCCAUUCUUUGAUGGAGAUAUGUGUAAGUUGGAUUUUAUCGAUUGGCUUCUUGAUUUGGAAGAGUAUUUUAAUUUUUGGAAGAUUUGUGAUGAAGAAAAAGUGCGGCUUGCAUCUAAUAAAUUGGACAAUGAAGCAGAGGAAUGGUGGGAAGACAUUCAAAUUGAUAGAAAGCGGCGGCUCUUGGCAAAGAAUGAAGAAGGUAUUAAUUGAUUCAUGGUUUCCAAAUAACUAUUAUGAUAUACUAGAUUAUACAAGUGUUGAUUAUAAAUCUGUAUAUUCAUAUGAAAAUCAAUAUGUUCAAAACAUGAAAGGUCAAAACCAAAAUUAUCACAGCCAAGUCCAUGUGUUAAAUAAAGGAAAGGGUUUAAGGGUUGAGAAGAAGCAGCCUAUUACUAAAGAAAAAUUUGAAGUGGUUAAAAAAGGUCAAGACUUUCAACAAGUUGAUGAAUUGAAACUUGAAAAGAAGAUUGAGUUGAUUGUGGAAGAUCACAGAAAUCAAGAGAUAGUAAUUAUUGAGAAUAUUGUGGAAGAUCCACUUGAGGUCAAAGGUGAGGACGAGUCAAUCACCCACAACCCCCAGGUUUCGGUUGAUUUAUUGAAGACGACUACACAAUAUGUUGAUUUUCUUGGAGUAGAAAAUUUUAAUUUUAUUAUCAACCCAUUUUUGAUUGAUGUUGCAAAUAAAUUGAAAGUAGAUGAGAAGAAAUUUUAUGCUACACUUUAUGAAGGAUUUAAGUUUCAGAGCCUAAUCAAGUUAUUAAAGCAUUUGAAGUAUUUGUUUAUUUGGAGCGGAAGAUUUCAGAUUUCAAAGGUGAACUCGAGGAUGAGUUUGUUUCAAGUGGAGGGUGGGUAUUCUUUGCUUAGUGAUCCCCAGUACAACAAAGUACUUACCAAUGCUUUGGAAGUAGCCACUCCGAGAGAGGAGACAACUUCUACACACGUAUCCCUCGAGGCCGAGAUCGACCAAUUCCACCUUGAGGAGGAAGGUGAAGUGCCAAAAAGGCCGGUAGAGCUCUCGGACUCUGAGGCCGAUUUUGAUAGAUUUUUUGCUACCCAUUCUCCAAGGUUAAUAGUUGCUCGAGUUGAUACUAGCUCAGAAGAUGAAGAAGAAGGUAUGGACUUGAAGCAAAUGACCAGUUUAAAGGGUUUAUUGCCCAACAAGAACAAGGGGUCAGCUUCGAAAGAAGUCCCCAAGACCCAAGUUCCUCUGAAUCUCCCCCUUCCUCCUCUCCCUGUGACCGCGGUGGGACUACUCCCUAAUCCCGAUUUAAAAAAGAAAAGAAAAGAAAAGUACAGGAAGUGGAGGAGGGGGAGGUGA